CUAGAGAGGGAGAGUGUCUCUGAGCCUAGGAUAGCGCUAGGCUAGGCAAAGUCAGCCGCCGCUCAUGCACCUUCAGUCUGGGUAUCGCGCUGCCCGGAGGACGUUCACCGCUUCCUUAACACCGGCACGCGCCGAUGCUCAUCUUUCUUUCGCUCUUUUUAUCCCUCGCACUCUUGGCCAGUACUUCCGUCUAGUAGAGCACAAGCAUGCAGCGGUGUGCGCCGAGCAAUUCGAAUAGCAUAAGCAUCGCGAGCAGCAAUGCUGGACAAAUGUAAAUGAAAGAGUGACGCAAGCCACUAUUGCCAUCGCCACCGCCACCGCCACCGCCACCGCCACCGCCACCGCCACCGCCGCUGCUGCUGUCGUUGCUACUGCUGCUGCUUCUACUGCUUCGGUGCCGUGUUGCAACCUCGAACGCGCUUGCACGUGUCUACGAGUCGCGCAAGUGUGGAGAGACCGAAUGCGCAAAAACAAUCGCCAUUGGUGUUUCUCUUUGUUUCGGCAAUUGUUUAGUCGCCUGCCCGGCUCUUCUCCGCCUUCUUUCAGACAACAAGAGCCACUUGUUUGACAAAUUAGUGCGCGAGUGCAUGCGUUCCUCCUUCGUUCUCCACUCCUCCUCGUUUCACGCUCUUUACUCUCCCUCCCCUCCCCUCUCUUUUUGCUGGCAUGCUUUCUUCCCCAUUUGCAUUACCGCAGUUCGGUGAGGCGAGAGCCGAGACGGAGACUUUAUUCGCUUGCAUCUUAAUUAAUCCUUGACUCCUUCCUUGUGCUUUUUUUUCUAAUCAUCGUAGUUCGUAUUUCUAGCAGUCGGCGACGAAUCUUAUUACGAAGGCCCCAGAUCGAAAGUGAUAAGCAGGCUUUACAAAUUUUGAGUACUUUGGGUGCUUUUAAGCUGGAAGGGGAUAAUAAACGACGCUGGCUCAGAGGUGGUUUUGGAUGUUAGAAGGCGUGCGUGUGGCUAAAACAGCCCCGCCGCAGGUUACGGGUCCCGAUGCCGGUCCCCAUAUCGCAGACGCUUACACUGACCUCGACCCUCGUGCCCAAAGAGGAGUCAAACAUGCCCUUCAUAGACGACGAAUUGCUGUGGUGUCCUGAUAAUGAUGGCAAAAUGGUUGAUCUUACUCAGUGCCUUCAGGAAAGCAGUACUGGACAGUCAGUGGAAUUUUCAACGAUAGAGUUAAAUGCAUUAGUUGGUGCUCCUGGGGUACCAAAUAUUCCAAACGAAAAUUCUGAAUCUUUGCCCACCGUCAAUACAAUGAGCAGCGUAAAUGCCGUAAACGGUACUCAUAGCAGUAACGGCGCCGAAGAACCUUUUGAUACUCUCGAUACUUUUUUAAGAGAACUUCAAGCGGACUUGGUUGAAGCCAGUCAACCAACUUCCACAACUGCAUCGUCAAUUAAUUGUUGUAAACGGCAGAGGUACAAUAUCGCUGCAGCGAAUCCUCUACUCGCAGAAAAAUUAGCAAGUCCUUCAACGCAGACAUCAUCAACAUUAAUUCCUUACGCAUCGAGAGCAGAAAUCAAAACAGAGAACAUUCAGCCAGAACCAAGUAAAGUGGAUGCGAGAGAGUUAGUACAACAGGCGCGGGAUCCAACAGAAAAGGAAGUAUUAACAUUGGCUUCAGUGAAGUCUGAACCGGGAUCGUUAUCAGGCAAUAGGCUUCUUCAUGGUAUCCUGUCGCAGCAUCACUCGCAUUCGCAGCAUCAACACCAACACCAGCAGCAACAGCAGCAGCAGCAGCAACAACAACAACAGGCUUUACAGAAUGGUUACGGUCGACAUCUAGGUAGCCAACCACCGUACAGUACUGCUGCUAUACCACCUACUAGCACGCCAGGAAGCGGAUCUCUACCAGCGAGUCCUGCCGAUAGUGGAGUUAGCGAUGUCGAAUCAAGUACAUCAUCAGGUGGCAAUGAAGAUGCAAAUCUACUCUUAAAAGCAAGGCUUAAUCCUAGUUCAUCUCUAUCAUCAAGUCUCGGUGCCUCCCAUCACUCUCACCUCACAGCAGCGUUAGGGAGACCGGCUUGCCACAGUCCUGGAAUAUAUGGAAGUUCGGGUGGCUUUUUACCUCCAACCUUCCACCCUCAACAACAUCAUCAACAUCAUCAAGCUGGUCAGUACCAAGGUCAUAGAGGGAGCUCACCUCAUCAACAACAUUCUAAUCAUGGCCUACCAACGUCAAUGGGACCACCACAUCAUCACCUCCACCAAUCUCCGAAUCUUCAACAUCUACAUUAUCGUCAACCCCCUACGUUGUCAGAGAGCUACAGUAACUACGUUUCGUCAAUGUACGGCGGAGCGAAUUUCGCAACUCCAUGUACACCUUCACCACCGCGAAACAACAAUUCUGGGCCUGGAGUCGCUGUCGGGGCUGGUGGUGUGCCCACAAGUGUUAUACAGGCAGCAACAUCCUCAGUCUCAGACGAUCUCUAUCUGCUGGAGUUGGGCUUCCCUAGUCGGCCCAAAAAGAGCAAGCUCAAGAAACCACGAUUAGGUACGACUCAAGAACCAGCAGGGUCCAGCCAAGCUUCGCCUGUCAAGCGGAAAUCUCGCGAAGGCUCAACUACUUACCUUUGGGAAUUCCUAUUAAAAUUACUUCAGGAUCGCGAGUAUUGCCCACGUUACAUCAAAUGGACGAAUCGUGAGCGCGGCGUUUUCAAGCUCGUUGAUAGCAAAGCUGUAUCAAGGCUUUGGGGCUUACACAAGAACAAGCCGGAUAUGAACUACGAAACGAUGGGUAGAGCACUGCGUUACUAUUACCAACGUGGCAUUCUCGCUAAAGUUGACGGUCAGCGACUGGUCUAUCAGUUUGUAGACGUGCCCAAGGACAUUGUUGAAAUUGAUUGUACAGGUGCGUGAGACAGGGCUCGCCCGUCCAGGGCCCGACCAUCGAUAACGUUCAACAGAGGACAGAGACGAGCAAGUGUUACCCGCGGGUCCAGAUGGCAAGUGCCUUAGUACCCUGCUGCCCGUCAUUAUUUGCAUUUACUCUUUUAAAAAGCUCUUUAAAAAGCUCACCAUGUGCUCUGCAUAACUGUUCUACUUUUCUAUUUUACGCGGUUCGUCUCCUUUCUCUCUCUCUCUCUCUCUCUCUCUCUCUCUCUCUCUCUCUCUCAAUCUCCCAAUCGAUCAAUGUCCAUACAUUCAUCCAUUC